GCUACUGAUCUACUUCUUGCCUGGAAUCCCAUUUGUUUGGGGUUGGUGGAAGGUGUUAUUGGGAAAAUUCAGCUUCACUCAGAUCUUCCAUGGUGGCUUAUUUUAAUUCGGCAGAAAGCAUUAGUGGGCAAACUACCAGGUGACCAUGAGGUCUGUAAAGUUACCAAAAUUGCUGUGCUAUCACUUUCGGAAAUGGAGCCUCAGGAUCUUGAACUGGAGCUCUGUAAGAAGCAUCAUUUUGGAAUUAACAAACCAGAGAAGAUUAUACCAUCUCCUGAUGACUCGAAGUUUUUACUGAAGACUUUUACACACAUUAAGUCCAAUGUGUCAGCUCCUAAUAAAAAGAAAGUUAAAGAAAGUAAAGAGAAAGAGAAGUUGGAGAGAAGAUUACUUGAGGAGUUGCUAAAGAUGUUCAUGGACUCGGAAUCCUUUUAUUAUAGCUUGACCUAUGAUCUGACCAAUUCGGUGCAGAGGCAAAGCGCUGGGGAAAAUGACCUCCGUCCCCUCUGGCAGAAGGUACUUUUGACAGCUCAGAACAGUGUUUCCCUCUGAGGGGACAACUUAUGGGCCCCUUCAACUUCAAUAGGAAAAUUGAAACAACAUAUUUCUUUACUAUUUAUUUAUUCUCUAACUUUUCCAGGUCGAUGACCGAUUUUUUUGGAAUAAAUACAUGAUACAGGAUCUUACUGAGAUUGGUACACCAGAUGUCGACUACUGGAUUAUCCCCAUUAUCCAAGGCUUUGUGCAGAUUGAAGAAUUGGUAGUUAAUUACAAUGAAUCAUCUGAUGACGAGAAGAGCAGCCCAGAGACCCCUCCUCAGGAUUCCACUUGUGUAGACGACGUUCACCCACGGUUUUUAGUGGCUCUCAUUUCACGCCGAAGUAGGCACAGAGCUGGAAUGCGCUAUAAACGAAGAGGAGUGGAUAAAAAUGGAAAUGUUGCAAAUUAUGUGGAGACUGAGCAGCUAAUUCAUGUCCAUAAUCACACCUUGUCAUUUAUUCAAACGCGUGGUUCUGUGCCUGUCUUUUGGAGCCAGGUUGGGUAUCGAUACAAUCCAAGACCUCGACUGGACAAAAGUGAAAAGGAAACUGUUCCCUAUUUCUGUGCCCAUUUCGAAGAACAACUGAAAAUUUACAAAAAACAGGUUAUUAUUAACUUGGUAGACCAGGCAGGAAGAGAGAAAAUUAUUGGUGAUGCUUAUCUGAAGCAAGUGUUGCUCUUUAACAACUCACAACUCACUUAUGUUUCAUUUGACUUCCACGAGCACUGCCGAGGAAUGAAGUUUGAGAAUGUUCAAACAUUAACAGAUGCCAUUUAUGACAUUAUUCUUGACAUGAAGUGGUGUUGGGUGGAUCAGGCUGGAGUAAUAUGUAAGCAGGAAGGGAUUUUCCGCGUCAACUGCAUGGACUGUCUGGACCGCACCAAUGUGGUCCAAGCCGCUAUUGCCCGUGUGGUCAUGGAGCAGCAGCUGAAAAAAUUAGGUGUGAUGCCCCCAGAGCAGCCAUUGCCUGUGAAAUGCAAUCGGAUCUAUCAGAUAAUGUGGGCUAACAAUGGUGACUCCAUCAGCAGACAGUAUGCCGGGACAGCUGCUCUGAAGGGUGACUUUACAAGAACUGGAGAAAGGAAGUUAGCAGGUGUUAUGAAAGAUGGUGUUAAUUCAGCAAAUAGGUAUUACCUGAACCGAUUUAAGGAUGCCUAUAGGCAAGCUGUUAUAGAUUUGAUGCAAGGCAUUCCAGUGACAGAAGAUCUGUAUUCCAUAUUCACCAAGGAGAAAGAGCAUGAAGCCUUGCAUAAGGAAAAUCAGAGAAGCCACCAGGAACUAAUUAGUCAACUUUUACAAAGUUACAUGAAGUUACUGCUGCCUGAUAAUGAAAAGUUCCACGGGGGCUGGGCCCUCAUAGACUGUGACCCCAGCCUCAUUGAUGCUACUCACAGAGAUGUGGAUGUGCUGUUACUGCUUUCUAAUUCUGCCUACUACGUGGCCUAUUAUGAUGAUGAAGUUGACAAAGUAAACCAGUAUCAACGACUAAGUCUGGAAGACCUGGAAAAAAUAGAAAUAGGUCCUGAACCCACUCUUUUUGGAAAGCCAAAGUUUUCCUGUAUGAGACUGCACUAUAGAUAUAAAGAAACAAGUGGCUAUUUUCACACACUGAGAGCUGUGAUGCGUAAUCCAGAAGAAGAUGGAAAAGACACACUUCAGUGCAUUGCAGAGAUGCUGCAGAUCACCAAGCAAGCUAUGGGACUAGAUGUACCUAUAAUUGAGAAGAAGCUGGAGAGGAAAAGCAGUAAGCCUCAUGAAGACAUCAUUGGCAUUCGAUCUCAAAACCAAGGUUCUCUGGCCCAGGGAAAAAAAUUUUUAAUGAGUAAAUUUUCAUCUUUAAAUCAAAAAGUGAAGCAGACCAAAUCCAAUGUAAAUAUUGGCAAUCUUCGAAAGCUAGGAAACUUUACAAAACCUGAGAUGAAGGUUAACUUUCUAAAGCCGAACUUAAAAGUCAAUCUUUGGAAGUCCGAUAGUAGUCUUGAAACCAUGGAGAAUAUGGGUGUGGUGGAUGAUAAAGUCCAGGCAGAAUCUGAUGGGGAAAUAUCUUCAGAUAAUGAUUCAUACCACUCUGAUGAAUUUCUUACAAACUCCAAAUCUGACGAGGAUAGGCAGCUGGCCAGUUCUCUGGAGAAUGUAGGGCCAGUAGACUAUGUUCUUCCCAGUUGCGGUAUUAUUGCUUCAGCGCCUCGGUUAGGCAGUCGAUCCCAGUCUUUUAGCAGCACUGACCUUAGCAUUCAGGCUUCUUCAGAAAGCAGUGUCGCCCAUGGAAGCAGGCUCGAAAAAGGCCAGGAGGCUCUUCCGAAGAAAAGCCCUUCUGUUGACAGCAUACACCUACUGACUGGCUUUGCCAAGCCUGUGGAUAUUUACUGCCACAGAUUCAUACAAGAUGCACAGAACAAAAUAACCCAGCUCUCAGAGACCAGCUGUGUUACUCAGCAGGCUAGUGAAGAAGGAAGGCAAAUGACCAGCCAAGUCUCUAGUGAAGAAACUCAGUCAGAAGCACUGGAACAGACGCCAUCUCGACCAUCACAGUUAGAUGUAUCUUUUUCUGCAACAGCCCCUCAGUUUUUGUCAGUUGAACCAGUACAUCUAGUCGUAUCUGAAAAGCCCCCUGGCUCCGGGUCUACUAUGCUUGAACUGGAAACAGGCCUUCCUGUCACUCCUUCUCCUUCAGAGAGCAGUAGCAGCAGAGCAGUCUCUCCCUUUGCAAAGAUUCGAAGUUCCAUGGUCCAGGUUGCUAGUAUCACCCAAGCUGGAUUAACCCAGGGAAUAAACUUCGCAGUGGCAAAGGUCCAGAAGAGCCCAGCAGAACCUGAAGUGGCUAACGACGUCCAGCAGAAUGAGCUCCGAAGUCUGUUCACACAGUGCCAGACACGAAUAAUUCAGAUUUAGCUUUUAGCCACUAAGAGUCCUUCUGCAGCUUUUAUUUAAUCCAAACGAGGUUCCACAUAUUAGGCUAUUUCCCUAGCUUGUACUGCCUUUGAAUCUAGGGGUCACAAAUAAUAAUUAUGUGUAUCGGAAAAGGCUUUAAACGGAGUCUGCACAGAUGCAGAUUUCCAGAUUCAGGAGCCAGGACGUGGAAGUGCAUAGACCUAGUGUGUAGACCUGGGUAACUUACCUACUACAGAGCAGUUUCUCUCUUUGAAAUUCAGGCUAGAUUUACGAGACAUAGUAACAAAUCUUUUUGGGAGGGGUUGGG